AUGGAGGCAUCAGCUUCAGCGGCGCCGUGGGAGGAAGUCGGGCCAGAGGAGCAGCUGUUUGUCCUGAUUACGGGCGCCAACAGCGGCAUCGGGCUGGGCACGGGACAGCGCCUGAUCGACGAGUUCCUGGCGACGCGCUCCCUCAAGGCGCACCUCAUCCUGAUCCCGACGACGCGCUCGCCGUCCAAGUCGCUGCUGGCCAUCAAGGCCCUCCGCGCGCACGCCGAGCUCGCCGCCCGGACGUCGAGCGCGCUGCGGUCGCGCGCCGGCGACGACGGCUACCGCUGGCAGGACGCGGCGCGGCGCAUCCACGUGCUGAGCCCGUCGCUGGACCUGUGCGACCUGCGCGGCGUCUACGCCUUUGCCGACCGGCUGGUGCGCGGCACGCUGAGCAACCCCGAGGGCCUCGAGGGCGAGUACCUGCGCGGCGUGCGCAUCCCGCGGCUGGACACGGUCGUCUUCAAUGCCGCGUACGGCGGGUGGUCGGGCUGCAACUAUCCAAAGGCCGUCUGGGCGAUAUUGUCGCAGGGCCUGGUGCAGGCCGUGACGUAUCCCAACUUUAAGAAUUCGCUGGCGACGAGCAUCCUGAACGAGCAGGAGGAAUAUGGAUACCCCGAGAAGCCGCUCCUCGGCGAAGUCUUUUGCGCGUGCGUCUUCGGCCACUACGUCCUCGCCCACCAGCUGCUGCCGCUGCUCUCCCGACGGGCCACCGAUCCCCCUUCCUCGCGCGGCCGCAUCGUCUGGUCCUCCAGCAUCGAGGCCGUGGCCGACGUCUACAACCCCGACGACAUGCAGUGCUUCCUCAAGCCCGCCGCGUACGAGUCCGCGAAGCGCCUCACCGACAUCAUCGCCUUGACAUACAGCCUACCCUCCGUGCGGCCCUUUUCAGACGCCUUCCUGCGCAUGGACGACGCCCAGUCUGGCGGAGAUGCGGAGGAGGAGAAGCCCAUCCCGCCAAAGAUAUACCUUACCCACCCCGGCGUCGUGGCCAGCACCCUCUUCCCCGUCCCGUGGUUCCUCUUUUGGGCGUACGAACUCGCCCUCGUCAUUGCCCGCUGGGUCGGAUCCCCGUGGCACUGCGUCGACGGGUACAAGGGCGCGGCAUCAACCACCUGGCUCGCGCUGCAGGACCAGGCAUCCCUGGACGAGCUGCAGGCGGACCGCGUCAAAUGGGGCAGCAGCUGCAACCGCCAUCUCCAGUCCGGCGUGAAGAAGACGGAGGUGGAAGGCUGGGGGUGGGAGGGCAAGCCCGAGACGGACGAGACGAUUGCGGCGGACACGGCGCAGGGCUUGCUGCACAAGUCGGUGGGGAGGCGGCUGGGGGCCAAGAAUGUCACGCAGGAGAUGCUCGUCGAGUUUGAGGUCGAGGGCGCGAGGGCGUGGGAGGAGAUGGAGAGGCUGAGGCUGCAGUGGGCGAAUAUCUUGAAGCUGGGUAAGGAGGAGUGA